AUGGCACAGCUUCUCAGCGACACUCAUGCUUACCUGAGGGAUUGUCUGGAUGAAGCCAUGAAGGCCAUUUUCGAUUGCAAGUGCCUACGCCAACGAAUUGUGGAUUCUAAGCGCUUCCUGCUGCUUAAAUGCCACGACGACCCGGCGAUUAACUCUGAGCACAUCUCUAUGAACAGAGAUCUGCUCCGGCCGCUGGCGAAGGCCUAUGGUCGCUUCAAGGACAUCGCGACGAUUCCGGUUUUGAAGAUUGUGCUUCAGGAACUGAAUUCCAGGAUGGGGGCGAAGCUGAAGCAGCAGCUUCGUGCAAGAGCCACGGCUCAUCGGCAGGGUUCAGUUUCGCAAUCCUACGAGAUAUCCGAUGAUGAAGGUGUUGAUGCAAAGCCGUCUGUUGCCACGCCUCCUGCAUUGCCCCCGCCUGCAUCUUCCCAGCCUCAGCUUUCGACGAAUGCUAGCUCUUCCGAGCUGCUGCUUACCCGCACUGCCCAGCUUGAGUUGGCCCACUCCAGGAAGCUCCCAGGUCGUGGCAAAGGGGGUCGAAAUCGCUUGGGUAAGUGCUCUAAGGCAAUUGCACGGAAGCGAUCCCAGGAAAAUCUCCAGGGCAAGAAACGGAAAGCUGAGAACCCCAAGGGUGCAAAGGACAAGAAGCCGAAAGCAAAGGGUAAAGCCAAGGCCUCCCCCAAGGCCUUUCCGAAGGUUUCUCCUAAAGCAAAGGCCAAGUCGAAGGCAGCAGCCAAGUGUAAGGCCAAGGCCAAGGCGAAGCCGACACAGAAGGUUGGCUUGCCUGGGGAUGCAGAGAUUCGGAGCUAUCACGACCUCGUGCAGAAGUUUCGGCAGGCUCGUGAAGGCGAUUGCUUUGGGGAGAUUGUCAAGGAUCAGCGACCCCCGCUGAGGGAGAAGAUUCAUGUUUCCAAGAAGUUCCUCUUCUUGAUUUGGGGAUUCCGGCUUGUUUAUGUCUAUAAAUAUAGGGCUUAA